AAAAAAAACACGUUUUAUUCUCAUUCUUAAGUGGCCCACUAUCUCUCAAGAGUCAAGAUAGAAUCAUUUUCAUAUGUUAAAAAAUAAAUCUAAAUCUAAAUCAAAUUCUAUGUCUUAUGCACACUUAUCCCAUUUAUUUCCCGCAUGAAACUAGGUCCCUUAACCUACCCCAAAACUACAAAGCAUCUACUCCGUACCAUCCCACAUCCCAUAUUCAACUUUUCACUAUACUCAUCCAUUUUAAACUAAUAAAACCAAAAAAAUGUCAUAAAAACUAUAGUAUAAAAAUAAACCUUUGUCCAUCCAAACACCACCACUCAAAACUCUCUCACAUCUUCACCCUUCUUUCUCUCUCCUCUUUCUCUCUCUUCCCCCCCAAAAAAACCAUGGCAAAUUCUCCAUCAUCAGAAACCGAGAUCAUCGAACACGUGGUACUCUUCAACAUCAAAGACGAAGAUGAUCAAGAUCCAUCAAAAGUCAAUGCAAUGGUCAACGGUCUCAACGGCUUAAACUCACUCGAUUCAGUGGUCUACCUUACCGCUGGUCCAAUCCUCCGCACUCGAUCCCUCCCUUCUUCCCUCAAAUUCACUCACAUGCUUCACGCCCGUUACCCCACACGUGCGGACCUCUCCACCUACUCCCUCUCCGACCAACACGUGUCAGUCGUCAACUCCUUCGUCAAACCCAUUUGCGACGACGUUUUCGCCAUCGAUUGGGCCGUUAAUCUUGUGGGCCCGACCGUCCCAAGGCCCGGUUCUGCUAUGAGGUUCACUUUUCUGAAGGUUGAGUGUGAAGAUGAAAAGGAAAAGAUUUUGGAGGGUAUGAAGAAAAUUAAGGAGAGUUUAGACCCUUUUGUGCAAAUAAGUUUUGGGGAGAAUUUUUCUGAUCGUGGGAAAGGAUUCAGUGUAGCGGCACUUGUUGUGUUCCCUGAUUUGAUUGAAUUGGACGGUGGUGAAGAGUAUGAAGAUCAAAUGAGAUCGUUGAUUGAGAAAUUUAAGGUUUCUGAUGAUCAUUUUAUAGCCGUUGAUUAUGUUGUUCCUCGUCUUACCCCUGUUACUCCUGUUACUACUAGUGUGGAGUAAUUUUUUUUUUGGGUACUUUUUUUGUGUUGCUUUAUUAUAUUCUGUUUUUUUAAUUUAUUUUAUUUUGAAUUCUGGUUUUAUUUUAUGUUUAUUGAUUCUAUGGAUAAGGAAAAAUCUAAUAAACGCAACUUCGAAAUAAACAACAAAAUUUCGACUA